AUGAGUGACAUACGACAUUUUCAGCAUACGUUACAUUAUUUUCCAAGUGUGGAAAAUGAUGCAUCGCGUAUUACAUGGGCACAUGCGGUUAAUAGUCGAGAGAAGCUCGAAGAAGCACUCAAAAGUUCAUUAUUAUUUAUCGAAGCAGAUAUUCUAAUGGGUUCGUCACCAAUAGGUCCAAUCAUGGCACAUCCACCGCAUACCACAAGUGAUUUAACCUUUUCAGACUUUCUUCAAGCAGUCAAAUCAACCAGUAAAGGCUUGAAGCUUGAUUUCAAAGAUAUCAAUGCACUACAGCCAUGUCUCGAUGAGCUCGAAGCGAACAAAGAUUCAAUCAAUGGUCCAAUUAUUCUCAAUGCUGAUAUCGUUCGUGCCAAUUCUCAAUGUGUUCAACCCAUCGAUGCCCAACGUUUUCUCAACGCUUGUCUCUCUUUUUCCUUUCGUGUUAUUCCAAUUCUAAUGGUCUCAUUUUCUCUUGGAUGGACAACCAUUUACGAUAAAACAACAACAUCUUAUACAUGGUCAAGUGUUAUCAAUAUGUAUCGAACGAUAACCAAAGACGAUAACUAUUCUCUGUUUAACUUUGAAAUUACGUUUCCUGUUCGUCUGUCGUUGGCAUUGAAUUCAUUCGAUCAACUUCAUUGGCUGGCGACAGUGACGAAAUCCGGUUUGACGUUUUGGUCGCCACCUAAUGAAGUGGAAAAUACAAGUGAAAAUUUCCAUAAGUUAUGCAAAUUCCGAGAGCAUUUUAAUCGUUCGUUGAUCUACUAUGAUUUACCACCGCCGUUUGAUCAAUUAAUCAACGAGAAUUUUUCCAAACGAAAUGAACAGGAAGAUGAAGAAGAAAAUUUUCCUUCAAUGAAAGAUAAUUGGCAUACAUCUGUCGGACAAGAAGAUAAUGUCUUAGUAGCAGAUUUUAGUGCUGUUUUAUUAAAAUCAAAUGUGUUCUUACGAACGAAACAAACGUUUGACUCAACAGUAGCUUGUACUUGGUCAGGCAUUAUCGAAUUUCUUUCCGAUGCAUCGUCACAAUCACAGGCUGUUCUGUGUUAUUUAGCCGAAACUGAACAUACGUCGAAAGCAGGAAUGACGAUUACUAUUUCUCGCACAGGUUCAAUUGAAGUUGCCUAUGAAAAUUCUCGAGGUUCAUCUCAAGUCGAUGAGAAUCUAGUUUUUCCAAGUUACGCAUAUGCAUUUCGAAUCAAAGAUUCGAUCUCUACAGUUCAUAUUGAAAUUUCUUCACUUUAUCUUGAAAAUUAUUCGUCAUCAACAGAACCCUUGCCAUCCACACCCACAUCUGUACAAUUAACAGUUUUCCUCGAUACAGAUCGUCGUCGUCGUCAUCCGACAUCAACUGACGAAAAUAAACACUUUCAUGCAGCAGUGAUGGGACAAAAUAUCGAACCAAAUCCAUCAAAUGCUAAUAUUCCCACAGGUGGAAUCGUCUUCUCUCGUUUACGUCUAACACAAGAAACUCUAUCACGAGCUGAACUGUGA